AUAAAGAUACCUUGAAGCACUCAACUACAGUAGAGAUCAUGAGGAAAGUGCGCGGGCAAAGAAAGAACCGUAGCGUAGCGUAGCCUCGCAGCGAGUAACCGCCAUUACCACGCAACGGAGCGUUGAAAAAAAGUGACCCCUUAGUUUUACCACCAGUGAGCCACGUCAUAGUUUCGCUGUUAUAAAUCGUUGAAGCCUCUCCUGCACCGCGUCGCACCUGAUCACUCCCCCCACUUUCUCACAGACCCAACCCAACCCGCCUUGGAUCACCUCACCGAGCAUCUCACGGAUCGGAUCUGAGGAAUCAACUAUAAAGCAUCACUCAGCAACGCUUCCGAUCACGACGCUCUCAACCACCAAACCCUUCGUCACUCCCUUUUCUUUCUCUAGGGUUCUUCACUUGUCGCUUUCUUUUCUCUCUGCUUCUUGUCGUCUUUCUUUGAUGGAAUCUCGCGACAGAACCGCUUACGUGUUUCUGCUCGCGGAAUUCCGAGAGUUCGAUUGAAAUUGAAUAGUUUUCCUCCAACCACUCGUUUUUCCCUUCUUAAAUGGCGGCUUCUCCGGUCAAUUUCCUCUUCGGAUUCUUGCUACUCUCGAUUACAUUGUGGCUCGUCUUCAUAUUCACUUCUGGGCUGGUGGCUUGGAUUUUAAGCCGGAUUUUGGGAGCAUCUGUUGGAUUUCGUGUUGGCGGAUGGAAAUGUUUAAGGGACGUGGUAGUGAAGUUUAAAAAGGGUGCUGUUGAAUCUGUUUCUGUUGGUGAAAUAAAACUCAGCUUACGCCAGUCCCUUGUUAAACUUGGUGUGGGUUUCAUGUCUCGGGAUCCCAAGCUACAAGUGUUAAUAUGUGACCUAGAAGUUGUUUUGAGGCCUCCAGAUAAAACCCCAGGGAAGAAGAAAACUAGGAAAUCUCGUGCUUCAGGCAGGGGGAAGUGGAUUAUUGUGGGCAAUAUUGCAAGAUAUUUGUCUGUUUGUGUGACUGAUCUGGUUCUGAAGACUCCAAAAUCUACGGUUGAGAUCAAGGAAUUGAAUCUAGAUAUAUCUAAAGAUGGUGGAUCCAAGUCAAAUUUAUUAGUUAGACUGCAUAUAGUACCUAUUUUUGUUCACAUUGGUGAGCCACGGGUCAGCUGUGACCUAAUAUCUAAUUUAAGUGAUGAAGGAUGUAGUUCUUCUGGCCAGGCAUCCAUUACUACUAUAGAAAGAUCUUCAGCUCCUUUUUACUGCGAAUUGUUCUCUGUCUCGUGUGAAUUUGAUCAUGAUAGGGAAGUGGGUAUAGUUAUUAAGAGUAUGGACAUUUCUAGUGGAGAGGUCAACGUGAAUUUGAAUGAGGAGUUGCUUUUGAAGAGAAAGAGUUCAUCAGAGUUUUCUUCUGGGCCUGGCAGCAAAGUAGGGUCACAUGCUGAUUCUGUGAGUGCAAAAGGGCCAUCAAAGAAGAUGCAAACACUUGUUGCUUUCUCCAAGUACAGCUCUAUGUUUCCUGAAAAGGUCAGCUUCAGUCUUCCAAAGCUGGAUGUGAAUUUUGUGCAUCGUGAACAUAAUCUUUUCAUUGAAAACAACAUCAUGGGCAUCCAAUUGAGAAGCACCAAAUUGCGAUCCACAGAGGAUAUUGGGGAGAGUACACGCCUUGAUUUCCAACUGGAGUUUAGUGAAAUUCAUCUUCUGAGAGAAGCAGGUUCUUCCAUCCUGGAGAUAUUGAAGGUGGAUUUGGCCUCUUUUGUAUAUAUCCCAGUACAGCCAAUAUCACCUGUUAGAGCUGAAACUGAUAUCAAGUUAGGAGGUACUCAGUGCAACAUCAUAAUGAGCAGGUUAAAGCCUUGGUUGUUUCUCCACUCGUCUAAGAAGAAAAGGAUGGUACUUCGAGAAGAAGCAUCUGUUAUUGCAAAGCCUCAAUCAACUGAUGGCAAGACAAUCAUGUGGACAUGCAAUGUCUCAGCUCCUGAGAUGACAAUAGUGCUUUUCAAUAUGGCUGGUUCUCCGGUUUAUCAUGGUUGCUCACAAUCAUCACAUUUGUUUGCAAACAACAUUUCAAAUAUGGGGACUACAGUACACACUGAACUUGGAGAGUUAAAUCUUCACCUAGCUGAUGAAUAUCAAGAAUGCUUGAAAGAAAGUGUUUUUGGUGUGGAAUCAAAUUGUGGCUCUAUUAUGCACAUUGCGAAGGUUAAUUUGGAUUGGGGGAAAAAGGAUGUGGAAUCAUCUGAAGGAGAUGGUCCUAGGUGUAGACUAGGUUUAUCAGUUGAUGUGACUGGUAUGACAGUAUGUCUAACUUUCAAGCGUGUAGAAUCACUUGUGUCAACAGCUGUAUCUUUUCAAGCUCUAUUGAAAAGCUUAUCUGCUUCAAAGAAAAAGUCGACUCAUAGUCAGGGUCGUUUGGCAAAAUCUUCUGGUAAAGGAACUCAGUUUUUGAAAUUCAAUCUUGAAAGGUGUUCAGUACAUGUAUGGGGUGAGACAGGUUUGGAAACUACAGUUGUUCCAGAUCCCAAGCGAGUUAAUUAUGGCUCACAAGGGGGUAGAGUUUUGAUAAAUGUGUCAGCAGAUGGUACCCCACGCAAUGCAAAUAUAUUCUCCACUAUUUCUAAUGAAAACCAGAAGCUGAAGUACUCUGUCUCCCUUGAAAUAUUUCAAUUUAGUUUGUGUGUGAACAAAGAAAAACAGUCCACCCAGAUGGAACUUGAGAGAGCCAAAUCUGCCUAUCAGGAAUACAUGGAGGAAAAUAGGAAAGUAACAAACGUGGCGUUGUUUGAUAUGCAAAAUGCCAAAUUUGUACAGCGUUCAGGUGGUCUCAAAGACAUUGCUGUCUGUUCUCUUUUUAGUGCUACUGAUAUUACUGUAAGGUGGGACCCUGACGUACAUCUAUCUCUAGUUGAACUUGUUUUUCAGCUGAAGCUACUUGUACACAAUAGUAAGCUUCAGGAGCAUGGUAAUGAACACAUGGAAGAUUUGUCUCAUGUUCAAGAUGCUAAUUGGAAAAAAGAAUCUGCUAUUGGAUCAGGGUACCUUGAAAAGCAGAAGAAGAAAGAAUCUAUUUUUGCUGUUGAUGUAGAAACAUUAAGUAUUUCGGCUGGGCUGGGAGAUGGAGUUGAGGCCAUGGUUCAGGUGCAAUCAAUUUUCUCUGAGAAUGCUCGUAUAGGAGUACUCCUUGAAGGACUUCUGCUUAGUUUUAAUGGAGCUAGAGUCUUCAAGAGUAGUAGGAUGCAAAUUUCCCGAAUUCCUAGUGUUUCUGCAAAUGCAUCUGAGGUAAAAGGGCAUGUCACAAGAUGGGAUUUUGUAGUCCAAGGUCUUGAUUUUCACAUUAUCAUGCCAUACAGAUUGCAAUUGCGUGCCAUUGAUGAUGUCAUCGAAGAUAUGUUGCGAGGUUUGAAGCUCAUAAUUGCUGCCAAGAAAAAAUUGAUUUUUCCUGUAAAGAAAGAGGUCUCUAAAGUUAAGAAACCUAGCUCCGUACAAUUUGGAAGCAUAAAAUUUUGCAUACGCAAGCUAACUGCUGAUAUUGAAGAGGAACCAAUCCAGGGAUGGUUUGAUGAACACUAUCAGCUUCUGAAGAAAGAAGCUGCCGAGUUAGCUAUUCGGUUGAACUUUCUAGAUGAAUUUAUAUCGAAGCCAAAACAAGGUUCCAAAUCAACUGACACCGGUAGUUCUUCUCAAGAAAGAAAAAUUUCUUUUAAUAAUGUUGAGGUUGAUGUAAAAGAUUCUUCUACUAUUGAAUCCAUGAGGGAGGAAAUUUAUAAACGAUCAUUUCGAUCAUAUUACCAGGCAUGCCAAAAUCUUGUGUUGUCGGAAGGGUCUGGUGCUUGUGUGGAUGAUUUUCAAUCUGGUUUCAGACCUAGUACUUCAAGGACAUCUCUUCUUUCAAUAUCUGCUUUAGAUUUAGAUGUAAGCUUGAAAAAAAUUGAUGGUGGAGAUGUUGGGAUAAUUGAGGUUCUGAAGAAGCUUGAUCCUGUCAUUCGUGAAAACAAUAUACCAUUUUCCCGACUUUAUGGGACAAAUAUUCUCUUAAAUACAGGUUCUCUUGUAGUUAAGCUUCGGAAUUACACAUUUCCUCUUUUCUCUGGAAGUUCUGGUAAAUGUGAAGGCCAUCUUGUAUUGGCUCAGCAGGCAACUAGCUUUCAGCCUCAAAUAUAUCAAGAUGUCUAUGUUGGGAGAUGGAGAAAAGUUCGUAUGCUUCGAUCAGCUAGUGGUACUACUCCACCCUUGAAGACAUACUCGGACUUGCCCAUACAUUUCCAGAAAGGUGAGGUGUCAUUUGGGGUGGGUUAUGAACCAGCUUUUGCUGAUGUUAGUUAUGCUUUCACCGUAGCACUUCGGAGGGCUAAUCUAAGUUUAAGGAAUCCUGGGCCACUUAUUCUGCCACCCAAAAAGGAGCGGAGUUUGCCAUGGUGGGAUGACAUGAGAAAUUAUAUCCAUGGAAGAAUAUCGUUAAUGUUUUCUGAAUCAAAAUGGAAUGUUUUAGCAAGUACAGAUCCUUAUGAAAAGGUUGACAAACUUCAAAUUGUGACCAACUCUAUGGAAAUGCACCAGUCUGAUGGUCGUGUUUUUGUUUCUGCCAAAGAUUUUAAGAUUUUGUUGAGUAGUUUGGAGAGUUUGGCUAACAGACGAGGCAUUAAAAUUCCAGCAGGUGUCUCAGGUGCAUUUCUGGAAGCUCCUGUCUUUACUCUUGAAGUUACAAUGGACUGGGAUUGUGAUUCUGAAGAUCCUAUGAAUCAUUAUUUAUUUGCACUUCCAGCUGAGGGCAAACCUCGUGAUAAAGUAUUUGAUCCCUUCAGAUCCACUUCACUUUCCCUUCGAUGGAACUUCUCUCUUAGACCCUUUCCUCCUCCAUCACAAAAAGAAUCCUCAUCUUCCAUUUCUAGGGAUAUUGAUGGUGAUGCUACUGCAUUUGAUAAUUUUCAAACUUCCCAGAAUCUUUCACCACUGUCCCCAACAUUUAACUUUGGAGCUCAUGAUCUAGCAUGGAUUCUAAAGUUCUGGAGUUUGAACUACAUUCCUCCACAUAAGCUGCGCAGCUUUUCUCGUUGGCCUCGUUUUGGUAUUCCAAGAAUUACCAGAUCUGGCAAUCUUUCAUUAGAUAAAGUGAUGACUGAAUUUAUGCUCCGUCUAGAUGCCACACCAGCCUGUAUAAAGAACAUGCCUCUAGAUGAUGAUGAUCCGGCGAGAGGACUGACCUUUGCAAUGACGAAACUGAAAUAUGAACUGUGUUACAGUAGGGGCAAGCAAAAGUAUACUUUUGAAAGCAAGCGUGAUAUUCUUGAUCUUGUCUACCAAGGUCUUGAUCUUCAUAUGCUAAAGGCUUUCAUAAACAAAGAAGAAUGUGCUAGUGUUGCUAAAGUAGUUAACAUGAUACUGAAAAGUUCUCAAUCUUCAUCCAUUGACAAAGUUCCUAGUGAAAAGGGUUACAUGAAUGAAAAAAAUUGUGAUGAUGGAUUUCUAUUAUCCUCUGAUUACUUCACCAUCAGAAGACAAUCUCCAAAGGCUGAUCCUGCUAGGUUAUUACAUUGGCAAGAAGCAGGAAGAAGAAGUGUUGAGAUGACGCAUACACAGUCUGGGUAUGAAAAUGGGAGUGAAACAGAUGAUCAUAUGCGAUCGGACCUAAGUGAUGAUGAUGGUAACAAUGUGGUAGUAGCUGAUGAUUGUCAGAGUGUGUUUGUGUAUGGUCUGAAGCUUUUGUGGACUAUUGGAAACAGAGAUGCUGUUUGGGCUUGGGUUGGUGGUCUGUCCAAAGCCUUUGAACCAGCCAAGCCUUCUCCUUCCCAGCAGUAUGCACAGAGAAAAUUACUUGAGGAAAACAAACAACGCCGUGAUACUGAUUUUGAUCAGAAUGAUGUUUCUAAGGGCCCUCCAACUGGUAAAAUUUCCAAGUCUUUUUUUCAGCAUGUGAGUACUCCUGGACCACUCACAUCUUCGCCAAAUUCAGUUAAAGUGGACAACUUGCCAUCUGUCAGAAAAGAGAACUCGGAUGAUUUAGAUGGGACUAGACAUUUCAUGGUGAAUGUUAUCGAGCCACAGUUUAAUCUUCACUCAGAGGAUGCAAAUGGUAGAUUUUUGCUCGCUGCAGUAAGAGGCCAAGUUUUAGCUCGGUCAUUUCAUUCAGUCUUUCAUGUUGGUUAUGAGAUAAUUGAGCAAGCACUUGUAUCGAAAGAUGUUCCUAUUAAUGAGUACCAACCUGAAAUGACAUGGAAAAGAAUGGAAUUCUCUGUCAUGUUGGAGCAUGUGCAGGCUCAUGUUGCACCAACGGAUGUUGAUCCAGGUGCUGGAUUGCAGUGGCUUCCCAAAAUUCUUAGAAGCUCUCCGAAGGUAAUGCGUACGGGGGCUCUUCUUGAAAGAGUUUUUAUGCCUUGUAGUAUGUAUUUUCGGUAUACAAGGCACAAAGGGGGAACUCCAGAAUUGAAGGUAAAGCCUUUGAAGGAGCUCACAUUUAAUUCUCAUGAUAUAGAGGCAACAAUGACAUCACGCCAGUUUCAAGUCAUGCUGGAUGUAUUGACCAAUCUUCUAUUUGCACGCCUUCCAAAGCCUCGAAAAAGUAGCUUAUCCUUUCCUGCAGAAGAUGAUGAGGAUGUUGAAGAGGAAGCAGAUGAGGUGGUUCCUGAUGGUGUUGAAGAGGUGGAACUUGCAAAAAUAAGCCUUGAAAAAACAGAGAGGGAACAAAGGUUGCUUCUUGAUGAUAUUCGAAAAUUGUCUCUUUGGUGUGAUCCUUGUGUGGAACCACAUCCAGAAAAGGAAAGCGACUUAUGGAUGAUAUCUGGUGGAAGAUCUUUGCUGGUCCAGGGACUGAAGAGAGAACUUGUAAUUGCUCAAAAAUCUAGAAAGGCAGCAUCCGCCUCAUUAAGGAUGGCUUUUCAAAAAGCUGCCCAACUACGACUAACAGAGAAGGAGAAGAAUAAAAGUCCUUCCUAUGCUAUGCGCAUAUCUUUGCAAAUUAAUAAAGUUGUUUGGAGCAUGCUUGUUGAUGGUAAAUCCUUUGCUGAGGCUGAGAUUAAUGACAUGAUAUAUGACUUUGACCGGGAUUACAAGGAUGUCGGCAUUGCUCGGUUUACAACAAAAUAUUUUGUUGUCAGAAAUUGCCUGCCUAAUGUCAAGUCUGAUAUGCUUUUGUCAGCAUGGAAUCCUCCAUCUGAAUGGGGAAAAAAAGUGAUGCUACGAGUGGAUGCACGGCAAGGAGCUCCAAAGGAUGGAAAUUCUCCCCUUGAACUUUUUGAGGUGGAGAUUUAUCCCCUUAAGAUUCAUUUAACAGAGACAAUGUACAGAAUGAUGUGGGAGUAUUUCUUCCCAGAAGAAGAACAAGAUUCACAACGUCGACAGGAGGUUUGGAAGGUUUCAACCACUGCUGGUGCAAGGCGUGUAAAGAAAGGUUCACUUCUUGAAGCUUCUGCUUCAAGCAGUCAUUCAACAAAAGAGUAUGAGGCCCCAUCCAAGUCUGGCAUAUCUGCAAUGCUAUUUCCCACAAGUCAACCUUCAGUCCAUGUUGACUCAGCUCAAGCAUCAAAAACACAAAAUGCCAAAGCAAACUCUGGUACUGGUAAUGGUACUGGAACUGGUUCAACCCCCGAGUUGAGAAGGACAUCAUCUUUUGACAGAACUUGGGAAGAGACUGUGGCAGAAUCUGUAGCUAAUGAGCUUGUGUUACAAAGCUUCUCUUCCUCAAAAAAUGGCCAAUAUGGUUCUACCAAGCAACAAGAUGAAGCAGCUAAGAAUAAAUCAAAAGAUUCCAAAGGUGUGAAAGGUGGUCGUUCAUCUCAUGAAGAAAAAAAGGUGGCCAAGUCUCAUGAAGAGAAGAGAUCUAGGCCACGAAAGAUGAUGGAGUUUCACAACAUAAAAAUUAGCCAGGUUGAGUUAUUGGUUACAUAUGAAGGGCAGCGAUUUGUUGUAAAUGAUCUUAAAUUACUGAUGGAUCAAUUUCAUCGAACUGAGUUUACUGGAACUUGGCGAAGACUCUUCUCACGAGUUAAGAAACACAUCAUCUGGGGAGUCCUAAAGUCUGUAACUGGAAUGCAGGGUAGGAAAUUUAAAGACAAAGGCCAGAGUCAACAUACUGGUGCUGGUGUUCCUGAAAUUGAUCUUAACUUUAGUGACAAUGAAGGGCAGACAGGAAAAUCUGAUCAAUAUCCACCAUCGUGGCCUAAGCGUCCAAGUGAUGGUGCAGGUGAUGGAUUUGUAACAUCCAUUAGAGGAUUGUUCAAUACUCAACGCCGCAAGGCAAAGGCAUUUGUGCUCAGAACUAUGAGGGGUGAAGCAGAUAAUGAUUUUCAAGGUGAUUGGAGCGAAAGUGAUGUGGAUUUCUCGCCUUUUGCUCGGCAGCUCACGAUCACGAGAGCCAAGGAACUUAUUAGGAGGCACACUAAGAAGUUCCGUUCGAGAGGACAAAAAGGUUCAUCUUCACAACAAAGAGAAUCACUACCAUCGUCGCCACGAGAGACAACUCCAUUUGACAGUGAUUCUUCAAGUGGAUCCUCACCCUACGAAGAUUUUCAUGAAUAGAAAUGUUGUCAUAUGAAGGAUUUCUUACUUGUCUGCUGAGCACGACGCUUAAUUCUUAAAGUACUCACUAUACAAGAGCGUGAGAGAGGAUAUAUCUAUUAAGAAGAAGUUGGGUUGAAAGCUAGACAUCUUGUCCAAGGCCGAUUGGAAUGGAAAGUGAACUUUGGACUCGAUAUACUGUUGUGUAUUUUCUGUGGCAAACCCAAGUCAUCGGUGAAAAAGAGCCUCGCUUUCAUCUUCUAUGCAACAUCAAUCGCACAUCUAACAUUUCUAUUCGUGUCCACAACUUCAGUGACCGGUGAGGACCCUUUUCUUCAUCUCUUGCGUUGUUUUCGGGUUGUAUAUUCCUGUAGCUUCUGUUCAAUGUGCAAUUUUUGGCUUCUUAAUUUAUUAGCAAAUAGGAGCUUUAGAGGUUGACAUCAUUAUGUACAUACAUUUGAUUAUAUUUUGAAAAAUAGAAUAAAAGCAAUAUCUUCCUUUACA